AUGCUAAGAUGGAGAAAGUCGGGGAAUGACGUUACCCCAACAGGAACGCUAGGGCUUAGGGCACCGGCAGUCAUUUGGCAGCAAUGCAAACCAGACAAUCGCGGCCAAUCCCCAUCCGGCCAGCUCCAUCUUAUCUCCUCAUUUCAGCUCGUUGUUGAUCCGCUCGUCUCCAAUUCCUUCCGUCUCUCCUUUACAUCCCUCCCGUUCUUUCUCUUCUUUAUUUCUAUUUUCACUCAUUUGAGCCCUUUGCGAAUCCUCUCGCUAUGGCUACUGCGGGAGUCUCGCAGGCUACCUCUCCACGCCUGCCUAGUCCGCCCCCGUUUACGGAGGUCCAGAUUGGGCCCAAGUCACCCUCGGUCGGCGAGUCUCUCGACCACGAGACGGAGCAAUUGCUGGGCGCUUCACAAACCUCGGAGGAUGGCUCUACCCGGAGGAUUCGUCCGGGUACUAGAGCUGGGGAUAUGGCCGUUGCUCGAUUCCCCCUUCCAACUCCAAGAACACCUCAAGGCUCUCUACAACCAUUACACACGGCCCGAAGGCACUGAUACAGUAGUUCCUAUCAGUCGGGAUGUCGCCAUGCAGCUCGCGGAACCUCCGGACGGCGUCGACCGGUCGCUAUGGCUCUACGAACUGUGUCGCUUCCUGACCAUGAAAGUCAACAACCUCAUCAUCGCCUUCUUCGCCGAUUCCCCUCCCUGCUCCUCCCAGACUUGCCCCGAAAUGCGUGCAUCCGAAUGGCAGUACCUCUGUGCCGUUCACGAUCCGCCCAAAUCCUGCUGCGCCAUCGACUAUUGCUGCCAUACUCUCGAUUGGGCCACGAAUAUCCUUACGUCGCCUAAAUACUUUCCUAGCCGACUGACUCUCGGUUCGGAGACGGGCGGCGGCGCUCAGGCCAGCAUGAGACAUCUGACCAACAUCUUCCGACGGCUGUAUCGCAUCUUUGCGCACGCCUGGUUCCAGCACCGAGAGGUGUUCUGGCAGGUAGAGGGACACGAUGGGCUGUAUAUCUUCUUCAAGACGGUCUGCGACAUGUACAGUCUCAUUCCGGAAGAUAAUUACACGGUUCCUGCGGAGGCGGAGGGUGUCGAUGUUCAGCAGCCGGCGGCGCCGGAGCACACGGACAAUCGUCGGAUGACGAUCUUGCGCAAGGAGAACGAGCCGUUAUCGCUGGAGAGUAUUGAGCCGGCGUCGAUCAGCACGGGAGCGACCACGAGGCGUCACAAGAAUAGCCCGUCGAUCAGCUCGAGCGUGACGACCAUCAACGAGGGCGCCGAGGACGACGAGCAGCAGCCGCGGCAGCAGGCUGUAGCGGCGGCAACGGCUGCGGUUGCAGCUGCGAAUGCCGCAGCGGCUGCUUCCUCGACGCCUGCCCCUGCCCCUACGCCUGCCCCUGCACCGAAGGAGGCCGAGCCAACGCCAUCCGUCGAGGAGCAGCAGAGGCCGGAGCCGGAGCCGCAGCCGGAGCCGGAGCAAUCCAUCGAAGACAAUGGAUCUAAGGUCACCGUCUCAGAGGUCCACGCCGAUGAUGACGAAGCUACGCAGGACUCGACAGAGAAGCCGGAGGAGAAGUCAGAGGAAAAGCCAGAGACAGCCGAGGCCGAGGCCGAGGUCGAGCCCAAGACUGAGGUGGAAGCUGAGGCUGAAGAGCCGGCCAAACCUGAAGGCGAAGCGCCUGCAGAGGCGGAGGCGAAGCCCGAGGUAGAGGCAGAAGUAAAACAACCGAGCGAGCAAAUUAGCGAACAGGAAGCGCCAGCGCAGGAAGCAGCGCAAGAGGCGUAG